AUGUUGAAGCCCUUCCAGAUCAGAAAUCUCCACGGAUCUUCAUCCCGAGAUCAGGAGGAGCACUCAAACCGCCCCAACGGCGCGGUUCAGAUCUCAGCUGUCGACUAUGAUCACCUCGCCUCAACCCAUCCCCGAGCAAGACUUAAUUAUCUUGACGAUGAUGAUGGUGACAAUAUCGAGGUCGGAUCCUCACUAGAACUGUCCCAGCGUCUUGAUGAGCCCGUUAAGACCGAAGCAAUCCAAAUCUCCAGAGAUGAGCCAACACCGAUGCACCUCUUUGAUAUUCGCCGAUCCAACUCGAUCACCGAGCUAUGGAAGCGAUUCGAGAAGCAAGCUUCCGACACCUCCGAGACAGGUGAAGUAAAAAACAGCGUCGUUACUACCGCAGAAUAUUCGAAUGAUAAGUCUGCCAACGACCAAGCGCCAGCUACCUUGAACACUACGUCCGUUUUCACAUCCGGUGAAAAUCCUCUUUUGAGUGGAUAUAAGGCCGAGCUUGCAAAUCUAGCCAACCAUGCCAGUCCAUACCUGCCGAAGGGCUCGCAGCCAACGUCCUCAACCGAAACUGGGCCAAAUGCGCCCAAUGUUGCUAGAGAGGAAUCGCCGCCGCUCAUGGCAGCAUUCGAGGCCGAAUUGGCGAGCCUAAUGAACUCUGCAGAGGACUCUACAACAAGGGGUCGGCAGACAGCGUCAUCGCCCCAGCCAGAUCAAGGUGCAGACUCGAGCUCGCAAGGAACUCCUCACCCUGUCGAGAUCCUUGCAGCUCAAGUCCUCAGCCAUCUAGCAAAUGGCGCUAAUAUGGUCCAAUCUGAGUUCGCCGCCAGGUUGCCAGAAAUUCAGCGUCAGCUAAAUGAUGCACGGGAACAGUUACGAGAUGCGCAGAGAACUCUACCCGAGAAUGUCAGAAUGUCGCUGCAUACUCUUCUCUCCACGAUUGAAGCUCGAAUGAAAAUCGUACUAGGUAAUCUGCCUACGGGAGGGCGUCAAUUUGCAGAAGAAGCAUUACACGCCGGAAGGCCCGUGGCUGAGAACGCUGCAGAUGGAUUCCGCACGAUGGCCUCUGAUUUUAAUGAGUUCGGAAAAUCAUUGUAUGCAGCGUUCGAAGAGGAAUUUGGACGAGCUGUCUUUGCACCCGCAAGUACGGGUCCUAGUGCGCCUAACACCACUGGUACUGCGGCCUCUGGUUCUGCAGAUGAUUGUCCUCCUUCGUCAGAAACCACCUCUCACAACGCUGAAACCCAGCCCUUGGAUUCGAAAAGAGAUGUCCCAGUUACUAGUCACACUCCGGUGUUCACUGGCGAAAAUAUGAAUGCUUCUGCCGUGCCAUCGGGGCCUGAGAAUCUCGACCAAGGCGCCCAAGCGGGUAGUCACUUUCCAUAUCCUCCCCCGUUAUCAUCGAGGCCCUCAUGCCCAUAUAAGACCUCCGCAUUCCCGAAACCUACCCCAAUGGGUCCUUUGCCAUGGAACCUCCCUCCUACCCGCCAUAGUCACCACCAUCCAGUACCUCCGCCCCAUCCUCGCCCACCUCCUCCACCACCAUACCCAGGUCGAUGGCCUGUUCCUGGUUCCUUUGGUCAUCUGUUCACCACACCACACAACCAUCACAACCAAAACCAUCCGCCAUCUGCGGCUACCACUGAAGUCCCUUCAAGGGGUGCUGAUCCGCAGCCGGGAGGCGAGAAUAAGACAUUGUUCAUUGGGAAUGUCGGUUUCAAUGUGUCAGAAAAAAUGAUAUCCGAUGUCUUCGCUUCGAAGGGCUUUAUUGUGAGCGUUGACCUUCCGUUGGAUGCCACUUCGGGUAAACACGCGGGCUUUGGAUACUUGCAUUUCCCAUCAAAGUAUCCAGCCAUUGCUGCAAUAGAUGCACUUCAGGGCGAACGUAUUGAUGGCUAUGCCAUCAAUCUCGAGUUCAGCGAGAACACACCCAUCGAAAACGUCCUCGCAUCAUCCAACUUGAACUCCAAUGGAACUCCCCAUGACGGUGGGCAAGGCGGCUCCAAGCAAGUCAACUCCAGCUCUCUUCCUCGGCCGGAUAGCUCCAUCAAGCGGCGGAAGUCUGUUUCUUUCAAAGAGCCAUCUUUACAAAUGAAAAAGGCUGACAAUAUUCACUCGUCGAGUCUUCCCCCUCGAGUUGGAUCGCCUCAGCUGAUUGAUCUAUCGUUUGAAGGCACUUCUGGCUCCGCUUGCGACUCCUCGCGCCAGGUUAAGGAUGAUCCAGAACAUAAACAAGCAAAUGAAGAUGAGUCUUUUUCGAAUUUCAAUCCCGAGAAGGAAAUGAGUCGAUUCCCGCCUGUUUCCCAGUUAGAAGCACAACUUCUCGCAAAGCAUAACCAGGAUCGUGCCACUCCCGCGAGUACACACAGUGAUCCAACCCUAGAAUUCCCUCUGCGGCGAUCACAGACUACCUCUAGUGUUCGUGGGACACGUCCCCUUGUCCACCCUUCCCUAGAAGAGACGAGAUAUGACGCUGGCCAACCGAAUCCUUCUGCUGCGACGGGACCAUCUCUUCGUCGUUCGAGCACCAUGGUGUUCCCGCACGCCAGCCUCCAUAAUCCUGUUUCCUCAGAUGAUACGGCCUAUCCCAGACUGAAACGACACGCAUCCGAGCGGCAUAGCCUUCGAUCGAGUGCCGAAACAGAUACCUGGGCACGACUUGACAGAAGAGAACGCCGCCGCUCGAGGCCGUCGUCCGAGCACAGCAUUCCCGGCAGCUUCCCUGUCGAGGAAACAGCUCAACCUUCGACUAAUAAUGAACCCGAAGGCCUCAAUGCAUCUGAAAUCGAGGCUUGCGUCUCCUCUCUUAUCGAUAUGGGCUAUGGCACUGCCGAAGAGGGUGGGCGAUCUCGGAUGGCAGUGUAUGCUGCUGCAUCAAACGGCAGUCUUCUAGAUGCCAUUGAGAUGAUCGAGGAGGAGAGAAAGGUGUAUGCGAAACACGACCAGAUUUGA